AGUUGUCAUCACCGUCUCACCAAGGGCAGUAACAGAUCCGUCCUCUAACAGGCUGGCAAAUGGAACUGAGUAAUAGACAAACAAACCAUUAUUAGUAGCAGAAAACAAGUGAGCGAAAAGUUGGGAAAGGCAAUCACAUAAGUUUCCCUUUUUCCCAAUAAAUUGGUUAGCAGGGCGCUGAUCGCGUGGCGCGUAAAAUCGGGUGAAUUUGAGCUUGAAAAGUGGUGAUUUAUUCAUACACCUGUGCAUUGAAAAAGUGCAGCUUGCAAAAAUCGCGCAGGACACGCAGUUGCAUUUGUGGUAUCGCAUCGAAAGCAUCAUGUUCCUAUUGGGGAACGAUUUCGGCUGUUUGCUUACUGCUGUGGGUGCCUAUGCCUGUGUUCUGUAUUUCUACAAGCAUUUCAAAUCCCCACUGUGCUUAAUUUGGAGCGUUUUGUUCCGGAAAAAUGUGCCACUGAAGGAGCGCUACGGAAGGUGGGCUGUGAUAACCGGUGCAUCGGACGGUAUUGGAAGGGAAUACGCUAGAAAUUUAGCCCGCAAUGGAUUGGAUAUAGUGUUGAUUUCGAGAACGGAAUCGAAACUGGUGCAGCUGGCGAAGGAGAUCAUCUCGCAGUUUGGUGUGGAUGUAAAAUGGAUAACCGUGGACUUUUCGGACGGUUCUGAGCAGGUUUAUGAUAAGAUUCAAAGCGGACUCGCCGGAAUCGAAGUAGGAAUUCUUGUGAACAACGUCGGAGUAGUCCACGAGAAUCCGGCGAAAUUCGAAGAAAUUCCGCUGAAGGACAUUCAGCAGACAGUUUCCGUCAACAUCUGUCCCUCGCUGCGAUUGACCCACAUGAUUCUGCCCGAGAUGAAGCGUCGUCGUCGGGGAAUCAUAAUCAACGUGUCCUCCGCUGCCGCAUUCACCGGUAUGGCUUACAUAUCGGUGUACGGCGCAUCGAAGGCUUUCCUGAACAGCAUUACCGCGGCUCUCCAGCUGGAACUGAGCGGCUCUGGAGUGGAAUGCCAGCUGGUAACGCCAAUUUUUGUCAACACCAAUAUGACCCAGCAGUGGCAAAGCAUUGACCUGUGGACGUUGUUCUCCGUUGGGGUAGAACGUUUCACUAGAAUGGCCGUGUGGACAAUUGGAAAGGUGGAAUCAACGACUGGAUAUUGGUCUCAUGGCUUGCAGCUCACUAUACUCAGCAGUGCUCCACAGUGGGCACUUGAGACGCUUAUUGCGUUCAUUAUGAGGUUGGCUAGGAGGAAAGUGUUCCGAAAGCAGCAUCUAACGUAAGGUGUGUCAGAAUUAGCUUUGGUUGUGACAAAUGUUCGAGUUUUGAAUAUAUCAAAUUAGUAGCAAAAAUUCUUAUUUAAUGAUGACAUACACCUGUGAGAAAUGAUAACAUUUCAUCGGUAAAACUGGACUUUCGGAUAGGUAUUCUAAUACCACAUGAUCGGUCUCGAGACUCAUUGUAGAAUUGGAUCUGUUUUGUAGAAGAGAGAACAAGAAAUGCAGCCUAUAUUUGAGGCAACUAAUUUAUCACAGCUCAGCCACCUAGAUUAAACAAAUAUGCUCAUCUUAAUGAAUAAUUCAAUGGAUAAUUAAAAUUCAUUUUCAGUGCACAGUUUUGCGAAUGUG